UGUCCCUUCUCACAGUGUCACACUCUCUCAUCGAGUCGAGUCGCACUCGACAAUCCUCUCCAGAGUCAGAGUAACGGCCGAGCUUUUACAACAGGCUCUUUUGGUUGGACUUCACUGUCUCUUCAUUGGACAGAUUUUUUUGGGGGCCUUGUGCUGUGGAGCUCCUUUCCUUUCUGCUGCUGCUGCUUCUUCUUCUGUCUCUCACACCCCUGCUGCUGUGCCUGGCGGGAGGAAGACACUGCUGAGCCGCCAUGUUUCUCGCACUAGUGGUGACGCCAGAGCUCAGGGAGUUCCUGGCCAGGGCGAGAGGAGGAGCAGUGCGCCUCAUCAAGGUGUGCAUCCAAGACGAGCAGCUGGUGCUGGGGGCCUGCAGGGAGCCGGACCAGAGCUGGGACCAGGACUACGACCGCUUCCUGCUUCCUCUGCUGGACGACCAGGAGCCCUGCUACAUCCUGUUCCGCCUCGACUCCCAGAAUGCACAGGGCUACGAGUGGAUCUUCAUCUCGUGGUCUCCUGACCAGUCUCCAGUGAAACAAAAGAUGCUGUACGCUGCCACCCGCGCCACAGUGAAGAAGGAGCUUGGCGGCGGCCACAUCAAGUACGAGAUGUUUGGCACAGCAGAGGAGGACAUCUGUUUGCUGGGCUACCAACGUCAUGUGUCCUGGUGCUCAGGUCCGGCCCCGCUCACGUUAGCCGAGCAGGAGCUCCAGAGGAUCAAAAUAUCCGAGGGCCGAGUUAAACAGGUGAAGACAGAGAUCAGCGUGGAGACUAAGCACCAGACACUUCAGGGCCUCGCUUUCCCUCUGCAGGACACAGCCAGAAGAGCCCUGCAGCAACUGGCCCAACAAAAGAUCAACUACAUACAACUGAGGUUGGACGUAGAGAAGGAGAUCAUCGAGUUGGUCCAUUCCAGCCCGACAGAGACUCUAGAUCUGCCCAGCAGAGUUCCCAAAGACACUCCCAGAUAUCACUUCUUCCUCUACAAACACUCCCACGAAGGAGACUACCUGGUAUCUGUCGUGUUCAUAUACUCCAUGCCAGGGUACAGCUGCAGCAUCAAGGAGCGAAUGCUGUAUUCCAGCUGCAAGAGUCGACUACUGGAGGACGUGGAGAAAGAUUACCAGUUGGAUAUUGCUAAAAAGUUAGAGAUUGAUAAUGGAGAUGAACUGACAGAGGAGUUCCUGUACGACGAGGUCCAUCCUAAGCAACAUGCCCACAAACAGGCCUUUGCUAAGCCCCGCGGUCCGGCAGGGAAAAGGGGACACAAGCGUCUCAUCAAGGGGACAGGGCAGUCCUUGCAGAGCAGCUAGAUGUGGACAGAACCUCUCCUCCCAUGUUGUGCCUGUAGCUCCGAUCAUUUCGUCCCCAAACUCACUAACACCUCCAUCAAGUCCAGAGGGGGGAGCACGCUGAUAGAUUUUUCCUCUUUGUGUCCCGAAUUGCGAUAUACACAACAAAUGUGUUUUUAAUGGAAAUGUCUCUCUCUUUGAUUCUGUUUCUCUUUUCUGUCUGUGAUGAUAUGCCUCCGUGAAAUAAAAAAACAAAAUGUUGAUAUACUUGCCGUUUACACCCAGUAGAGCACAAACCUCCACCAAGGCCACUGUCCACACCAAAGGUUGUUACAGAGGCCGAAAUAACUCCUGUCAACCAGUUUGUGGAUUUGCAACAAACUUUAAACAAGCGUAUAUCAGUGCUCUAAACAUCCCUGACUUUCUUCCUCAAGAUCUAUUUAACAAAGUUCAAGAUCCAUGCGUUAUUCUGGGGAAAAUCCGCGCAAAUGUCACAAAACCCCUUAUCUCUUGAAUCUGCCCUUUUGUCCGGAUCUACACCAACUUUGAACGGUUUCUUUCUUGGAUCCCUUUGUCCACCAAGUUUCGUGGAAAUCUGUCCUUGGUGGAGAUAACAAUACGAAUACCACAUCAAAGAAAGCAUGUGUCGAUGACCUCCUAUUUGUAAAAGAGUCUGAUUAUGCGGUGAUGGAGAUACUCCUCUGUCUUCCAUAUUGUUAUUAAACAUACAUAUGUAAUUUACACUGUUGUGGGCUACUGACAUGUACAUUCUUCAGAUGUGGCAGUCCCUGUUUUGUAUCAACAAUGUUUGUAAGAAAAAUACAAUAUGAAAGGAAACUCUAAAUAAAACCUUGUUUAUACUGUAGUAUUAGA